AGAGAAGAAGGUGGUCUCUGGGUGUCGAUAAGACCGCAGCAGCACCCUCGUGUCUUGCGGCAGGCACGGUAGCAGCCGCCUGCCGCGCCGGCAUCUACUGUCGGCAUCACACAAGCGCAGCGAGGAGGACCUCAUCGAUUCGCUGUUUCCCCGCUCCCCCUUCACGAGACGUCCCUCCCUCAGCAGCUCACUGACGCCUUCGAGGCCCUGAAGGGCUCAGCACGGCACCACCCACAUGGUCGACACAGCCGGUGACGUCAGCCUCUCGCCCUUCGGCAACGAGUCGUGCCUGAGCACGGCUUACGGUGCGCCGGGUUCGCCUGAGGGUCUGCAGGUGCUGACGCACUACCAAGAUCGGCUGGUGUUCCUGCACCCCUAUGUGCAGCAGUACGCCUGGGGCAAGAGGGGCAGCGAGAGCCUCGUCGCCAACCUGGCUGCGGCCACGGGGCACCCAGUGGACAGGAGCAAGCCGUACGCGGAGCUGUGGAUGGGCUACCACCCGUCGGGGCUGUGUUCGGUGGUGGGGCCCAACACGCCCAUCGACCGGUUUCUGGAGCACAACAGGGAGUUCCUCGGCGACAUCGGGCGGGGCGGCCGGGUGCACCUGCCCUUCCUCAUGAAGGUCCUCUCGGUGGCCAUGCCGCUGUCCAUCCAGGCGCACCCCGACAAGGGCCUGGCGGAGCGGCUGCACCGGGAGCACCCACACAUGUACAAGGACGGCAACCACAAGCCAGAGAUGGCCAUCGCACUCACACCCUUCGAGGCCCUCGGCGGCUUCAGGCCCGCCGCACAGAUACUCACACACGUCCAACAGGUACGCACACACACGCGCAGUGGGCAAGCCACGUCCAUCCACCACCUCUCUCUGUCUCUCUCUCUCUGUGGUUGACAGGUGCCAGAGUUGCGGGCGGUGUUGGGUGAGGCGUGUGCGGCGUCAGUAGAGCACCGGCUGACCCAUGGGGGCCCCGAGCAGGGCGGUUCGGCGUUGCGGGAGUUCUUCGAGGGUUUGAUGCGGUGCGACGUGUCGGUCAUGGCGGCUCAGCUGGACCGGCUGGUAGAUAGGCUGCGGCGGCUGCGGGACAGCGGCAGCAUGGAGAGCGAACCACUCAAACAGGUGUACAGGUACGUCUUUAUUAUGCAUUGAUUGAGGGGGGCGUCAGAGGGAGAGAUGUGUGUUCUGUGCUCCUUGUGUGUGUGCGUGUGUGUGUGGAUCAGUUUGGCGUUGGUGUUGAGUGAGCAUUUCCCGGGAGAUGUGGGCGUGUUCGCGGCGUUCUUCCUCAACCACAUCAAGCUCAAUCCAGGUGAGAGAGGGAUGCGUCACUCACUGUGUGUGUGGUGUAUGCGGCAUGAUUGACGUGUGCUGUGCUGUGCUGCACAGGUGAGGCGAUGUUCAUCGGGCCGAACACGCUUCACGCUUACCUCAAGGGCGAGUGCAUCGAGUGCAUGGCCAACUCAGACAAUGUCGUCAGGUAGGUGUGUGGACUGUCAACACUGUCAACACCAACACGCGCCAGGGUGUUACCCACUCGUGUGUGUGUGUGUCACAGAGGCGGUUUGACGCCAAAGCACAAGGAUGUGGAUCUCCUGUGCAGGGUACCCUCCCCCUCUCCCCCUCUCCCCCAACACAACACAGCACGCCACACACUCUCUCUCCUUUUACCUCUCCCUGCCCGUCUUCUGUGUGUGUGUGCAGAUGUUGUGGUACGACAAGUGUGGCGUGGAGGUCAUCACGCCCUCCUACGUCGACGAGCCGUCAGGCCUCAUGCUCUACCGCCCGCCGGUGAGCGACUUCGAGGUCUACCGACUCGUCCUCCCCAAGGGCCGCGAGAUCCACAGGAUAUUCAGCGCCACCGGACCUACCAUAGGCAUCGUCCUGCAGGGCAACGCACGGGUCAGUCAGACAACACACAAGCACAUAAGUCGCGAGACGUCCCCUCUCGUGUGUGUCACGUGGUUAUGCAAUCAGGCGGCCACGACGCCCGCGCCGUCCCGGCAUCCCUCCCGCCGGUCCUCCCCCCCAGCCACCCCACCAAAGCACUCCUCCCUCCCAGGCGCCACCCACACACCCACCCCCUCCCCCUCGGUGCAGCUGCAGCCGGCCGUCAGCCCCAAUGGCAGCAAUGCCCUCCCCGGCCAAUGCAUCAAUGCGGGCGGCGUGCUCAUGGUGCGGGCGGGCACCGCACUGCGGCUCAUCAACACCGGCGAUGGGUGUGGAGGAGGGGGCGGGGGCGACCUGGUGGUGUUCUUCGUGUGCUGCCAGGAGGGGUUCACCGACGAGGGCAGCCUGCCCGUCGCGGCCGAGAUGGCGGGGGCGUAGUGUACACUCUAUAGCAUAGCAUAGCAUAGCGUAGACAGCCUACAGGGUGGGUGGGGGUGGGGGGCGGGGAGCUUUUGGUCGAUUUAUUUUUUUCUGUAUCGUUGAGAACCAAUGAGUGAAUUCCUUGAGGAACUAACUUGUUGCACACACGCACACAAGACGGACGGAUGGAUGGGGGCUGGCUGGCUGUUGUUUUCGCCUCCCACCAUUCAUUCAUUCGCUCGCCUGUCUGUUUGUUUGCCCGUUUGUUUGUACGCCUAACUUACUGCGUGUACCAUGCCUGCGAUGCGCGUAAUUCACGUGUAGAGGUGAUACAUGCUGCCAUGCCAUUGCCUUUUCUUGCUGCUGCCGAUGGAUGGGUGGGUGGAUGGACGAUGCCCGCCGUCAAAAGGGAGGGAAGCGGUCGUUUUUCUCGUAGACGGGCUGGUGGGCGGAGCUGCAGUCGUUUUUCGGACCAUGGCUCGAGAGACAGACAGUGGGAGACAAAGAGGGAGGACCCUGUGAUGGUGACAUGUCCUGUGCCUUGUGGGUCGCUUCUGGGUCCCCUCCGUGGCAUCCUUGCUGUGCAGCAUCGACCGGUGUCUCCAUAGCAGCGGUGGCAUGGGGUUAGCUCAGAGGCGACACACGGACACAGCACAGCACGAAGAGGUCCUCUCUUCGUGUGCCUGUGUUUCGGAUACAGGGUGGGUGUGUGGCGGUGGUGUGCCUGUCUGCCUGGCUGCCAUCACCUGUUUGUUUGGCCGGUCCAUUGCGUGCCCCUGUGUGUUCUGUUCGUGUGUGGUCCUUGAGUGCAUGUUUGCUUUGUAGAGGCGUAAACAAGCUGCCCACCCCAUCUCAUCUCACCUCACCCACCAUCCACACCGCCCAUCUAUCUUUCUUGUCAAGUUGCUUUAAGCUUGUGUAAGCACCUAACCUACCUGAGUGUGUGCCUGGAGUGCGUGAGUGCACGCCCCCCUUUGUUGUGUACAGCUAGACGGCCUUGUUGGUUGGUUGGUGCUCAUACUCACACACACACACACACACACGGACGGAGAGAGGGGGAGGGGGAAGGGGGAGAGAGAUGGAGGGGUGCUGUCAAGUGUUGUCGCUUUAGGAGCUGCUGUCCAUCCAUCCAUCCAUCCCUCCGCCCCACCCACUCGUGUAUGCAGUUGAUCUUGCACAGACCGGAGGGUGGCCAUUGUAUGUGUGUAUUGGGUGUGUUGGCCGGGCGAGCACACCAACACGGGAGGCACAUGGUGGCUGGGGUAUUGCGGCGAGCAUCUGCUGUGAGCGUGCUUGGCGCGAUGCCGCAGCCUACGUGACCCCUCGUGUUAGCGUGCUCAGCUUGCCGCUCACUCGAUGAUGGUACUUUGCUCAAAGGGGCUGAGACGACAGACAGACAGACAGACAGACAAGGGCGGGACCCAUGCACGUGUGUACGGUAAUCAGACCGGCCGGCAAGCCGCUUGUUGCUUACACAGGUGUGUGAGUGGUGGCUGUACAGGCAGAGGACAGAGAGAGAGAGAGAGAGAGGGCAGGCGCACCACGACGCACACGGGGGAAGACGGGAUUCCGAGAGUCAGAGAGGUAUCCAUCCAUCCAUCCCACCAGGGAGGGGGUAGGCAGAGGGCGAUUUGAUGCUCCAUGCACUCACUCACUCCACCCACACACAGCACAACACACUCAGACAGACACCUAGUGACACACAGGCACAGGCACGGACACGGUAGUGGGUGGAACUGCUGGCAGCGGACGGACACAGACAUACCGGUGGAUGGAUGGACGGUGACAGUGUGUGUGACAUUCUGGCAUUUAACAGCAACUAUUGGUUG